UAAAUGGUUAGAGAGGGGAGGGAGUAGGCACCGCAUCCCCUACUCUUCCUCCCUCACGUUGCAGUGCACGCGUCAUGCUUCGUCCCCAAAUCGCCAUCGUCACAGGUCACAAGGGAGGAAAGCAGAAGGGUUGGGUUGCGUCUGUCGGGCGCCGCCACCGCCCGCUCCUUCUCCUUCUCCUUCUCCUCCCCUUGUGGAGCGCUGCCUAUUUUUGUAUCCCUCCCUCCCUCUUUCUUUUCUAGAUACAUACAUAGAUUGCUGUUCCAGGGUAUAUAUUGCCUGCCAGAGUUUGAUCCAUUGAUUUCCCACCGAAUUCCUCUUCUCCCCCCCCCCCACCCCCUGCCUGGACUAAGGAAGCGGACGACAGUUGGAGUUGCUGCCAACGACCGGGCUCGGCUGUCAAAUUCCCUAUUUGGCAGCCAGCUCGUGUCCAAUUCCAAUUCCAACUCACCAGGGCAGGGUGCAGACAGAUAAAUAACGUACACGGGUUUCCUCCUUGGCAUAUGCCAAGAAUCUGAUUGUUGCUGAGAAGCUCCACACCUCCAUGAUGGCUUCCUUCUCAGGACCCCUCCACCGCCCCAUCUCCGCCAUGGCAGUCGCAGCCUUCGCCGCUGUCUCCUCCCUCGAGCUGCCUGACAGGUUGUCCCACCACAAGCUUGCUGAUACAAGCGCAAAUGCGGAUGCACUUGUGUCGCUUCCAGCUGCCAAUACAGAUGUUUCAGCGCCUUCGGCCUCUGCCCUGUCUGGGAUGCAGUUAUUACCACGCAAUGUCCAAAAUUUGCAUCCGGUUAAGGUGCCGUUUGCAUCUUUGCCCGUCAUCCAGACGGUUUACCAGUAUGCCAAGUUUGCCAAGACCUUGGGACAAGAGCAGGCGAUGCCUGCAGUUCCUUCCUCAUCAUCGGAUGUUCUUUACCGCUGGCAUCUGCCAGACCCCAGGGUCUGUGGUGACUUGGCCGGCAAGUCUCAGACGGUGGUGGUUCUCCUUGGGUGGUUGGGGUCAAGGCAGAAGCAUCUGAAGAGAUAUGCCGACUGGUACACCUCCAGGGGUUUCCAUGUUGUGACCUUUACCCUCCCUAUGUCUGAUAUUGUCAGUUAUAACCUUGGAGGGAAAGCUGAGAAGAAUGUAGAGAUGCUUUCCGAGCAUCUUGCUGGUUGGGUCAGGGAGGAGAGUGGGAAGAAGAUUAUUUUCCACACCUUCAGUAAUACCGGCUGGCUUUGCUAUGGCGUCAUACUGGACAACUUACAGAGGCAGGAUCCUUCAGCAAUUGAGAAAAUUAAGGCUUGCGUAGUUGACUCAGCACCUGUUGCUGCACCUGAUCCUCAGGUUUGGGCUUCGGGCUUCUCGGCUGCAAUCAUGAAAAAACAUAGUGUGGCCACAAAAGGAGUAGGAUCAAAUGAUUCAAGGUCUGACGUCCUAGUUGUGGAGUCUAAUAAGGAUCCCAAGCCAGCAGCUACCGAGGCUGUUCUACUAUCAGUGCUGGAGAAGUUUUUCGAUGUUGUUUUGAACUAUCCAGCCAUUAAUAGGAGGUUAUCUGAUGUGAUGGAGCUCUUAUCGUCGAAGCAACCGAAGUGUCCCCAACUGUACAUAUACAGCUCCGCCGACAGGGUUAUCCCGGCGAAAUCAGUGCAGUCAUUUGUGGAGGGGCAGCGGAGGGCUGGGCACGAGGUGAGGGCAUGCGACUUUGUGUCGUCGCCUCAUGUCGACCAUUACCGGAGCAAUCCGGGGAUGUACACCUCUCAGCUGACCAGAUUCCUGGAGGAAUGUGUGCUGAGCAACCGAUGCGAGGACUCUUCGUCUUCAACAUGAUCAAGAUGUUCUUGCAGCACCACACAGACCUUGUAAAAACUUAUCUGUUGUUUUUCUACUUGCACCUGGUCAUCAAUUGAAAUGCACCAGGGUUAUACGAGGAAUGAUUCCGUGUUUUUCUGACUCUUGUUUUUCUUUUGCACACCCAUUGUGGAUGGGGGGUUGACUUUAGGCGCACAAUACAAUUGUAAAAACGUUGAGUAAACAAAACAAACAGUCUUUGGGCCGGCUGACUGACUGACUGACUGACUUUUGUUAUGUUAGAUUGAUUUAUGGGAUUUUUUUUCCCGCGUGGUGGUUUGAUGUGGUCAGCAUUUCUUGUUCAUUCUCAAGUGUUGUUUGCUACAAAAUUGACAUAAAUUUAACGAGAUGUGUUAUUUGAUGA